AUGGUGUUGUUCCUGGUUGCAGUCUCCACAGCCUUAAACCACUCCACUCAUGACAACCAGACGAGUGAAAACCCCACUCAUGAAGGCGCUCACGUGCUGCCCUCUACUCUGAUCAUCUCCCUGCUCCUCAUCAUCAUCGUCCUGCUGACCAUCUACUGCCUAAGGUUCAAAAACCACAGGAAGGCUCUGGUUACCUCCGUGGAUAAAAAGAUCCCCAAUGGCUUUCUGGAAGAACAAGGGGAGCAGACAGUGGUCCUCCUCCCCAGAUCGCCCUCGCCUUCCAAGAGGUACUUCCCCAUCCCCCUGGACGCACUGGAGGAGGAAUACCGGAUACGCUCGGCUGAUGACGGCAAACUCUUCAGAGAAGAGUUCAAUUCGCUGCCGUGUUACUACCACCAUGGGUCCUUUGAGGAGGCCAGUCGGGAGCACAACCGGGAGAAAAACAGAUAUCCAAACAUUUUACCAUAUGACCAUUCCAGAGUGGUGUUGAGCCAUAUAGAUGGCCAUCCCUGCUCAGACUACAUCAAUGCGUCGUAUAUAGAUGGUUUCAAAGAGAAGAACAAAUUCAUCGCGGCUCAAGGCCCUAAGCUGGAGACUCUGGCCGACUUCUGGAGAAUGAUCUGGGAACAAAAGACCUCCACCAUCGUCAUGCUCACCAACCUGAAAGAAAGGAAAGAGGAAAAGUGUUACCAGUACUGGCCAGACAAAGGCUGCUGGAUGUACGGCAACAUCCGGGUUUCUAUGGACGACGUGACUGUACUGGUGGACUACACUGUUAGAAAGUUCUGUGUGCAAUAUCAGGGCACUGAUGGCCUGCGUGCUCCUCGACUGGUCACCCAGCUCCACUUCACCAGCUGGCCAGACUUCGGGGUGCCGUUCACGCCCAUCGGCAUGUUAAAAUUUCUCAAGAAGGUCAAGAACAUCAAUCCAUCCUACGCCGGGCCCAUUGUGGUGCACUGCAGCGCCGGCGUGGGGAGGACCGGCACAUUCAUCGUCAUCGACAGCAUGAUCGACAUGAUGCACAUGGAACAGAGGCUGGACGUGUUCGGCUUUGUGAGCAGGAUCCGGGAGCAGCGCUGUCAGCUCAUCCAGACAGAUAUGCAGUACUCCUUCAUCUACCAGGCGCUGCUGGAGUACUAUCUGUACGGAGACACGGAGCUGGAUGUGUGCUCUCUGGAGGGCCAUCUGCACCGGCUUCACAACACCAGGGCUCCACACGACAGAAUGGGCCUAGAGGAGGAGUUCAGGAAGCUGACCAAUGUCCGCAUAAUGAAGGAGAACAUGAGAACGGGCAACCUCCCUGCCAACAUGAAGAAGAACCGCGUGCUUCAGAUCAUCCCGUAUGAUUUUAACCGGGUAAUCCUGUCGGUAAAGAGAGGACAAGAGUUCACCGACUACAUCAACGCAUCCUUUAUUGAUGGCUACAGGCAGAAGGACUAUUUUAUCGCGACCCAAGGCCCCCUGUCUCACACCGUGGAGGACUUCUGGAGGAUGGUGUGGGAGUGGAGAUGCCAUUCAAUCGUUAUGCUCACCGAACUCAAGGAGCGAGAGCAGGAGAAGUGUUACCAGUACUGGCCAUCAGAGGGCAGUAAGACAUUUGGAGAUUACACGGUGGAGCUGACUGCAGAUACACUUUGUGACACAUUCUCCCUCAAAGACCUGGUGGUCACUUAUAAAACGGAGAAGCAGUCACAACACGUUCGACACUUCCACUUCCACGGAUGGCCUGAGAUCGGAAUACCAGCGGAGGGAAGAGGGAUGAUUGACAUUAUUGCUGCUGUGCAGAGGCAGCAGCAGCAGUCUGGAAACCAUCCCAUAAUUGUCCACUGCAGUGCCGGAGCAGGUCGGACGGGAACAUUCAUUGCCCUCAGUAACAUUCUAGAGAGAGUGAAAGCUGAAGGCCUCCUCGAUGUGUUUCAGACCAUCAAAAGUUUACGCAUGCAAAGGCCACACAUGGUGCAGACUGUGGAGCAGUACGACUUCUGCUACAGGGUGGUGCAGGAUUUUGUUGACAUUUUUUCAGACUACGCCAACUUCAAGUAA